AAUCCGGAAUCACCGAAGUCCCGACGAGUCCGGAUUACGGACUUUGUACUGUACAAUUUUUGGACAAUGUUUUCUGAAAACAAAAUUUUGGGCUUUAAAGCCCAGUGAAAAUUAUACCUCAUACCUCAAUGGAAAGAAAAAGCAGUAUUUUAUGUAGCCUAGCAUGUGUGGAAUUAUGACAGUGUACUUUAAAUGUGAUGGCUGCGACCAUACCCACAAACACGCAAGCGAACCGAUUUAUUGACGAAAUAGGGAGGAUGGAACGUAAAUCAUGUAGUAGGGAUUUACAGGAAAAUUACUUUUGCUAAAAUAUAUAGUUCUAUUACUUUUAAAGAUCUUGUUCAUUUUAUUUUCAUCAUAUGUAAAAGUACAUUGAUGUGCAAGUUUUCCUUCCAUACCUUGGAUUUUCUGGGUAUGAAAAGUGUUAAGAAAAUUACAGAUUGAACUUAGCCAAAGAACAAAACUUAUGAUAUCUAGUUAAAUAGUAAUAUGUUUUACAUCAGAAUCUUAUUAUAAGUAAUUCAGUAAUGUGAAUAAUGCAGUAUAAAAGAAUUUCAGUUUGAAAUGGCAUUAAUAUGCAUCACAAAAAUCUCCUGGUUUUUCAUAUUUCAUAUUUCAAGCUAUGAGCUAGUAACUGGUAGAUUUGUGGUUUUAAUUCUUGUCAGAGCAAAGUUGACUUUUUUUGUUUCCCAGUCAAAAGACUAGUAUCUACAGUAUAUUAAAUCCCUGUAAUUUUAAUUUGUUGUUUAAAUUAAAACUUUUCGAUGAAGGAGAUGUCUGCAGUUACACUAAAGCAUAACUUUUUUUCAGAAGAUAUAUGGAAUUAUUGAGAACAUUUUAUUCAUGAUUGUAAAAAUAAAUAUUUAGUUUUGUGAUAGAAUAUUUUUAAAUUAUAAUUAGCAAUUUUUUGUAACUUUCAGAUUUAGAGGAUGUUCCACUUAUGAGCCUUUCAGUGAGAAAUCUAAUAGCUUAGGUAACCGGAAUAAAACUUCCAACCAAGAGUAUUUUGAAGAUGAAGAAUAUGACAAACCAUUAGGAUUUAAUAGAAAGCCAGGCAGUAUGUAUAACAAACAUAGGAGAUCAUAUGAGCAGGAAUAUCACCAGGAUGGAAGUUAUGACAGACCAUAUCAUGAGAGACCGAAGUUUAAAGACCAGAGAUAUGAGAGAAAUUCAUAUUUAAGAUCUCGUCCAAUAGAUAAUGUAUAUAGGGAUAAACGGCAUGGAUUUAAUGAGAGCAAUUUUUAUGAUUCUCAAAAUAAUGGCAAAACAUUUAGGUUUUCUUCAGAUCCAAACCAUAUAUUUAGUUCUAUGUCAAAACCAAAAUUUGAUCUUCAGAAUCUGCCACCAGUGGAAAAGUAUUUUUAUAAUGAACAUCCUGAUGUUGCUGAUAGAUCAGAGGAAGAAGUUGAAAAAUACAGAGAAGAGCUAAAUAUAAGGGUUCAAGGAAAAAAUGUACCUAAGCCAAUCACGAAAUUCUCGGAAUUGUGCUUGCCAGAUAACUUAAUGAAAGUUGUCACUGAACUGGGUCAUGAGAAUCCAACUCCGAUUCAAGCACAAGGUUGGCCCAUUGCUUUUAGUGGAAGAGAUAUGGUUGGAGUAUCACAAACUGGUUCUGGAAAAACAUUUGUU